UAUUUAUCAAUUUGAUUCAUUGACAUGUUUUUUUAACAGACAAUGUACUCAUUCAAAGAUAAAGUGGUUCUGAUCACGGGCGCUAGCUCUGGAAUCGGUGCAGAAACUGCACUAGAAUUUUCAAAACUUGGAGGAAAGUUGGCCAUUACUGGACGAAAUAAGAAAAAUUUAGACGAUGUCGCUAAACAAUGUGAAGAUGCGUCACCAGAAAAAUUGCAACCUCUGAUUAUUGUAGCAGACAUGAACAAUGAGAACCACGUUGAAAAUAUCAUAGCAACUGUAAUUAACGUCUUCCAAAAGCUCGAUGUUCUAGUUAAUAAUGCUGGAAUUCUUGAAUCUGGUACCAUUGAAAAUACGUCGUUAGAGCAAUACGAUAGGGUCAUGAAUACUAACGUUCGUGGCCCGUACCAUUUGACGCUGUUAGCUGUCCAGCAUCUUGUUAAAACAAAAGGCAAUAUAGUCAAUGUAUCCAGCGUGACUGGUCUGAGAUCUUUCCCUAAUGUUCUUGCAUACUGUAUGUCGAAAUCUGCUCUGGACCAGUUCACAAGAUGCGUUGCUUUGGAAUUGGGUCCUAAAGGCGUACGCGUGAACGCUGUUAAUCCUGGAGUAAUUACCACCGGAAUUCAUAUGAAAUCGACUAUGAAUGAAACAGAAUAUCGAGAAUUUUUGAAGAAAUGUGAGCAAACUCAUGCUUUAGGAAGAGCAGGAGAUACUAAAGAAGUUUCUUCAGUUAUUCUAUUCUUAGCAAGUGAUGCUGCAAGUAAUAUGACUGGAGUAACUUUACCUGUUGACGGUGGACGCCACGCCAUGUGUCCACGUUAAAUAUAAUGGCAGUGAUCGGCAUUGAGGAGUUCAUUUACCUAAAGUAUGAAUGUUUUCAUAGUAUGGACAUGGCCAUUUCGUCGUCAAAGCGAAUAAAAUGCAUGUUUUUACUGUUUACAUUUUAAACAUUCCAAAAUAUAGGUUGUCAAAAGCAAAAUUGUUUAAAUGACUACAGUUUUUAGAUAAACACAACU